CGGCUUCUUUUUAUAAAUGAAAUAUUUCGGAAAAGUCCAAUUCAAACUCUGCAAGAGAAAACAAAGAAGAAAAAGAAAAAUUCAGUAAGAGAAAGAAAAAGGUGAAGAAGAAGAAGGAUUUGAGACUGUUUUUUAGUGAGAUAGAUAAUCCAAGGGCCGAAGGUGGCGAUCGAAAACUCCGAAGGAGGAGGCAGCAGUCGUCUCCAGGUGUUCCUAUCGUCGUUGUUUUCAAGUAUCGGCGGAGUUUUCGGCGGCAGCGUUCAAGAUCAAGAUUCCGAUAUGGCUACCAAAGCUACUCUAGUUGUGCCUCACCAACAACUUCAAAGAGAGGGAGGUAAGAAGAUUGUACCGGUUGAAGGAAGAAACAGGCAAGUUCUUAAAGAUAUUGGUAAUUUAGUCAAAGGUAGAGCUCCAGAGGGGAAACACCAUGAUCAGAAGCCUCAAGUAGAGAAGAAGAACAAGAAACCAAUCGUUGAAGAAAAUGGUGCCACAACAAAGGUUGAUCAAAAGAAUGGAGAUGAAAAUACCAAACCGGUCAGCGGAAGACGAUUGAAGGAAGGGAUACCAAAGAAGAAGACUUUUACAUCCACCCUCAGUGCUCGAAGCAAGGCUGCGUGUGGAAUUAAUAAUAAGCCUAAGGAUGAGAUAGUGAAUAUUGACGCAAAAGAUGCUGAUAACGAGUUGGCUGUAGUUGAGUACAUUGAUGAACUUUAUAACUUUUACAAGCUCUCUGAGGAUGAAACCAAAGUGAUUGACUACAUGGGUUUACAGCCAGAUAUAAAUGCUAAAAUGAGAUCAAUCCUAAUUGAUUGGUUAAUUGAAGUUCAUCACAAAUUUGAACUCAUGCCUGAGACCCUCUACCUUACCAUAAACAUUGUGGACCGAUUCCUCUCAAUGAAGGUCGUUCCAAGGAGGGAGUUGCAGUUGGUUGGCAUCAGCUCAAUGCUCCUUGCUAGCAAGUAUGAAGAAAUAUGGGCACCAGAGGUUAAUGACUUUGUUUGCAUUUCUGACAAUGCCUAUGUGAAAGAACAGAUUUUAGUGAUGGAGAAGGCAAUCUUAGUAAAGUUGGGAUGGUACUUAACAGUUCCCACACCCUAUGUCUUCCUUGUUAGAUACAUUAAAGCCUCAGUUCCUGAUGAAGAUGAGGAGUUGGAGAAUAUGGUGUUUUUCUUUGCUGAACUUGGUGUUAUGCACUACUCUUCUGUAAUUGCACAUUGUGCUUCAGCCAUUGCUGCUUCAGCUGUUUAUGCAGCAAGAUGCACACUUGAGAGAAAACCAGUUUGGACUGAAACUCUUGAGCAUAAUACUGGCUAUUCUGAAAAUCAACUGAUUGAUUGUGCAAAGCUGUUAGUGGGCUUUCAUUCUGGUGCAGCAGAGAGUAAGCUAAAGGCAGUGUUUAAGAAAUACUCGAGUACAAAGUCCGGUGCUGUUGCUCUUCAUUCUCCAGCUAAAGGACUUUUAGCUGAAUCAUCAUCCUGAAGACUUUGUUUACUUGUUUUUUAGUCUUCAAAUCGUAUUUUGUAAUUAAAUUACCAACUGGUAAGAAUUUCAUAGGUGGGGGGGUUGUGUUGAUCACAGGGAGAUCAUAUUUUCUGUUAUAGUUCCGUAACAGAGUUGUGGUUUUAUUAUAUAGUUGGUUUGGCAUAGUAUUAUUAUUAGGACCAUAUUUUUUGUUGUUAUUGUCGGAAUCAUAUUCUAUUUGUUUGUUGUAUAAAGUGAUGACAUUUUCAUUUUAUCUUA